UGAAUACAGAACAUCAACUGCCGCGCCGCGCGCACAGCUCUGUCGGCUAGCGUGUAGCCAUGGCCAGCCGCAGCGGCGAGCCAUCUGUUUCAUCAAACUUUGGUCUUAACAUGGACUAUGAGACGAAGAUAUACCCUCACGUUGGCGGAUACGGACGUUACAACCGCUUCGUGGUCAUAUUCAGCUGGUUCCCCAACUUUGCGGUCAUUCUGAACCUGUUUUGCGACAUUUUUUACACUCUCAUCCCGGAGUCGUACCACUGCAAACCCGACCCGCAGCUUCUGCCCUCCGCUUUCCUCCUCAGCAACUUCACCAGACAAGGAUACCUCAACUUCUCCAUUCCCUGGGUGAACGGCACCGGCUUGAGUCACUGUGAACUUUUUAAGUACCCUACAAACUUGUCGGAUUUCUCUGAAAACGUCCCAAAGGAGAGGGUGUCCUGCACCAGAGGCUGGGAGUACACUCAUGCCGCGGGGCUCCAGAGCAACUAUGUCACCGAGUGGAACCUGGUUUGCAGUGACUACUGGAAGAUCCCUCUGCAGCAUAUCUGCUUCAUGACAGGGUGGAUUCUGGGAUACAUCCUCCUGGGGACAUUGUGCGACUGGUUGGGUCGCCGGCGAGGUUUCCUCCUCUCUAUCAGCCUGUCCAGCCUGUUAGGAGUGGCGGUGUGUGUGUCCAACAGUGCGGUGGUGUUUCUGCUGCUGCGUCUCUCUCAAGGCGCCAUGCUGGCUGGGGUUUUUCUGUCCUCGUACAUUGCCAGGUUGGAGCUCUGCGACCCUCCCCAUCGGCUCAUGGUUGCCAUGGUCAGCGGCUUCUUCGCGGUGUGUGCAGAGCUGCUGUUGCCUGGCAUCGCUGUCCUGUGCCGUGAUUGGCCCAUUCUCCAGGCCGUGGCCACGCUGCCUCUGCUCCUGCUUCUUUCCUAUUGGUGCUGUGCACCAGUGUUUCCUGAAUCUCCUCGCUGGCUGCUGGCCACAGCCCAGAUCUCCCAGGCAAAGAAGAGCUUCCAGGUAUUCGCCACAAGGAACAACGUGUGUAUGCAGGAUGAGUUGUACCCUGGUGAAACACUGCUGUCAGAGAUUGAUGUAGCAUAUGGAGAGGACUGCCAGCCAACAUACCAUUCAGUCCUGGAGCUGCGUCAGACUCGUGUCAUCUGGAGGAACUGCCUCAUCCUCAGCUUCACCCUAUUCAUCGGAACAGGGAUCCAGUAUUGUUUCACCAGAAACCUACACAGCUACUCCACCAACUUCUAUUUCAGCUACUUUCUGCGGGUGUUAACCGGAGCACUCGCCUGCAUCUUCCUCUGUGUGUCUGUCAAUCACUUUGGUCGCCGUGGUAUUCUGUUGUUGUCCGCCAUCAUCACUGGACUGUCAUCGCUGCUGCUGCUGGCCCUCACUCAGUACCUGCGUGGAGGCCUGGUCCUGGUGCUGUCCGUUGUGGGUCUGCUGUCCUCCCAGGCCCUCGCCAUGCUCAGUGCCUUCUUUGCCAGCGAGGUCAUGCCCACUGUAGUUAGAGGUGGGUGUCUGGGUCUGGUGCUGGCAGCGGGCUGUGUCGGCAUGGCCGCCUCCUCUCUGAUGGAGCUCCAGAACAACGGCGGGUACUUCCUCCACCACGUCAUCUUUGCCUCCUUCGCCGUGCUUUCUGUGCUCUGCAUCAUGCUCCUGCCUGAGAGUAAGCGCAAACCCCUCCCAGACUCCCUGAAGGACGGCGAGAGCCAAAGGCGCCCGCCUCUCUUCUUGUCUCGGGGUGACAGGGACAACCUGCCUUUACUGUGCACGAGGCCUCGCGUCUCAGAGUACAACCCUGACAACUAUUCCCGCUUGGUCUCUGCCACCAGGAGGAUGUUGACUAAAGAUAAUUUGCCUUAUAAGAUCGCCGUGCCAGACCACCCUCCUCUGCUGUCAGCGAGCACAGGUCUAAACGGAGCACUAGGACAAGAGAACGGGGUACUGAGGGACGAAAUAUCUUAACAUCCCUCUCUUUGGCUAAGAUCCUCCACAUCUUCUUCUGUUCAGACUAUAAUUAUCCCAAGAUACUUUAUUCCCCCUUCAUUUGGACUCACCUCUGUGAGAUCUUCUACCGUCUUAAUAUAAUUCAUUGAAUUAUCCUCUCAGUGAUUGGCUAGUCAUAUCGCACCACAUGAACUGAUCUUGGCUGUGACACAGUGUGCUUCAGAGUGAUGCCUCCAGGUCUACCAAGUGUCAUUGCCAUGUUACACUUAACAUUUCAAGCUGGUAUUGUGCUGUGAAUUUUGUUUGUUUGUUCUGACUUUCACUGAAGUGAUUAGAAACUAUUUGAUGAUGCACUGAAAAACUAUGUCUUUGUCAUUUUCCUUUUGCUAGAGUUUUGUUAUUCAUAUCUAUGUGAAGGCUAGAGGACUUCCUCAUGAAUGUAACAUUGCAUUUCAUGUUUGUUUCUAUGUGGCAUGUUCCCAAGAGAACGAUCACACUCCUCACAGCGCUGAGUGAGUUCACACGGUUUACUUGCGUGGAGAUUUCGAGACAACCGAUUUCAACAGAGAGGAGCUUGCUUAAUCAUACUGUGUUGUUGAUCAUGUGAGCAGCAGUGCUUGUCCAUUGAUUAGUGACUCAUGCACUUUCCAUUAUGACUGUCUGUGUGUAGCUCCAGACCGCUGUCUGUCUGAUUCUCAGUGCUGAGGGGAGCUCCAGGGUAGGAGACAUUCAACUCAAACUGCUGUGCAGUCCACUUGUGUUGUUUUGCAUAAUAUUAUGAAGCAGAGAAGAGCACCUAAUGAAGCACUAGACACUGAAAAUGAUGACAUAAGGGGAUAUUUGUUUGGCAUUUUUAUGCUUGCUUGACCUAAUACAUCUGAACACAUUCCCAGGACAAUCUGGACAAUCUAUAUUGUGUGAUGAUCAGAUUGGGAAAUUUACCUCAGUUACCAACCAAAUGCUGGUGAACUGUGGCUGUUUGUCUGCUCCAAAAGCCACUUUGGCACAUGAUCUAUUAUCAUUUGAGGUGCUAUUUUAAUACUCCAGCUGGCUCAUGAGAUACUCCUAGUAGGUGGUGAUUUCCCAAAUGUACCAGCCACUGCUGCCAGGACAGUCACAGCAAAACAUUAGGUUCCUUCUCUCAGGGUGACAAUACUGAAUUGUAACCGUAAACAAGAAGUCAUAUUAGUGAAAUAUGACGUAGGCUCAGAGGCUGACGGUUUCUGACCAUCUAUAAUUGACGAGUAUCACAGAUUUUCAUAGUGGCUGCCUGAGUCUUUUGAAUGUUACUUUUUGCUCAUUUGAUUUUAGGUUAUACAAUGAUGUCAUUUAUCACCAGGCUUUCUGGUUAAGACCUCUUGUUUUGAGAGGUUUGUGUAUUGUGGGCCAAUCAACAACUUGAAUGUCCUAUCCUUCAAGAGAGGAUGCUCGGUUUUCUUUUUCUAAUAGUUAAUGACAAGAGCAAAAUAGUAUGUGACUGGCCUCAAGUGGCCUUAUACCACUUUUAUGUUCACCUCAUGUUAAAUGUUGCAUCGGUUACCAGUGCUGCUCUCACAACACUAGAUGGCGCCAGUCUCUCAGACAAAUGCAUUUUUGUACUACUGUGACCGUGUGCAUGGUUUUUGUGGCCUUUUUUUGUGAAUGUGAAGUCAGAUUAAGAUUGUGAGAUUUAGUCCAUGUCAUUUGUCCAGUCACGUUCCCAUCAGUAACAUUUCUCUACCUGUCUGAGUGCCUCAUGGUCUGAUAAUCACUGAAAAAAACCCAAAUGAGUUGAAACUAGGACUCACAUUUAAUAAACAUGCCAACUCAGUCAGCCGUGAAAGGCAUUAUUCUGCUGUCUUAGUUUUCCUGAUGUUUUGUCUAAUUUACAUGUGUUAUGUUAAUUUGGUUGUUUAAAAUGGAUGUUAGCCAUAGAAUCUGUUGGUCUGCCAGAAAAACAUUGACAAGGAGCUCAAAUCAACAUAAAACUGUGCGAUAAACUCCUCCACUUAAA